UCUGAGAAAGCGUUGCUCUGUUCAAACACUGAUGAGGUACCACAAGCACGAGCAGAAUAGCCGGAGACGCACAGUUUCCAACUAUAGACGGAUCGCUAAAAACAAAACCUAGUUCAUUGGAAUUCACAUAGGUCAGUAAACGAAGGCACGAACAAAUCUCUUCAGCUGGGGUGGAAGAGCGACGGCUGAAGACUGCUGUCUAGAAGAAGGAACCAGAGAGAAACAGCCAUGACAGAAUACUACCAGAUCUUAGGGGUCCAGAGAAACGCUUCGGCCGAGGACAUUAAAAAAGCGUACAGAAAACUAGCACUGAAGUGGCAUCCAGACAAGAACCCAGACAACAAGGAAGACGCAGAGAGGAAGUUCAAAGAGCUUUCAGAAGCCUAUGAGGUCCUGUCAGACGCAAACAAGAAGAACCAGUAUGACCGGUAUGGUAAAGAAGGCUUGGCUGGAAACGGAGGCAGAGGAGGGCAUUAUCACAACGGUGAUCACUUCAGUGGUGGGUUCACAUUCCGUAACCCCGAGGAUGUCUUCAGGGAAUUCUUCGGAGGUCGAGAUCCAUUUGCCGAUUUCUUCGCAGACGAUGACUUCUUCGGUGGGGGACACAGGCAGCGGGUGGUGAACCAAAGUAGGACCGGAGGAUCCUUCUUCCACGGAUUUGGUGGCUUCCCCCCCUUCGGGGCGGGCUUCCCAGGGUUUGGUUCAGGUGCGCUUCCCCUGCAGCACGGUUUCACCUCCCUGGGACAUAUGGGUGGAGGAGGCUUCGCCUCGUUUUCCUCUUCAUCUUUUGGAGGUGGAGGAGGAAUGUGCUCCCGCUCGGUGUCUACCUCCACCAAGUUCAUUAACGGCAGACAAAUCACCACAAAACGGAUUGUGGAGAACGGCCAGGAGAGGGUGGAGGUGGAGGAAGACGGUCAGUUAAAGUCUCUAACCGUCAACGGUCUGGAAGAUGACAACCGGCAGCAGAACAACCUCCUUGGUCUCCCCUCCCACCAACGCUUCCUGAGGAAUAGCCCACAGAACCCCCCAGAGGAAGACGAAGAGCGCGGCCAACAGAGCCUGGGACUCGCCAGAGGACACAUGGACACCAAGAGGAAGAAAUAUCCUUGGAGGCAGGAGGCGGAGCUCAAAAAGAAGAGAACACCUCGAUUGGCUCCUCGAAUCGGUGCCUGGUUCUAAAGCACCACCAUGGCUCCGCUCUUCCCUGUACGUGUCAUCCGGAGGGAAAGAACAUCAGUAGAUUAACACAACUCAGCCGUAGGGUUGCCAAAUUCAGGUUACUCUUCCAAAGAUUCCAGAUUUUGUAGGAAUCCCAGUUGGACGAUUCCCGGAAUCAAAGAGGGAAUAAGCAGGAAAUCCGGAUCCUCCAACCACAGGUUUUCUGGAAAACCUGGGAAUUUUGGGAAAGUUACAGGAAUUUUUCAAACCAUGCCAGCCCACCACUGUGCCAGGUCUCCCCUUGUCUAUCAACUUCUGUGCAAACAGCAAAUCUCAUUAGCCAUCUUCUAUGCAAGACAUUAGACUUUGUCAAGGUCUGUUUUCAUGGCUCUGCUGUGUUCUCUACUCAGUUCAACUUUCAUUACCAGUAGAACUGCCAGUAGAGGCCAUAGUUUAUUUAUUUUUGAAGAUGUCAGUAAGAGAGGAGCUAUUCUGUUUUUUUUCUGGAUUUUGCAUUCCUCACAAAUGGUAGUACCGGAGGACCUUAGCAUGAGCAUGUGCACAUUCGGUCAUAAUUUGUCUCCUCUGAAUGGAAUUAUACAUUUUUCCUCAAACGUACUUUCUGAAAUAUUUCUAGUUGGUUUUUUAAAGGGGCAAUCAGCAGUAGCUACAUCCAUUUCUGCUCUUAUAAAUGAAUGAUGUGUCCACAUUGAUUCUUGAAGAAUAUACCUUAUAAAUAAAUGCCUCAUGAGCUUAGUUCAACUGUUGUACCCCAUCAAAAGCGAAAG